GCAAUCUAUACAAAUUUCAUUAUCACCCGGACGUAAACGUAAAUAAACAAGUGCUGCAGUCUGAGUCACAAAAAAUCGAAUUUGUCUGCGAAAUGAUAUCGUCGAACUAAACGGAUAUUUCAAUAGAAAAACAAAAUUUCAGUUUUAGAGGGACAUUAUCUCCCCAUCAAAAUGACUUCCGCUAUAACAAAUGCCGGACUUUUGUCGAAAUUCAGAGGUUGCAUGAUAGGUUCUUUAAUUGGAGAUUGUCUGGGUGCGCCUUUCGAAGGUGAUUCCCGUGUGUCGAAAAGAAUUUUAGGAAAUUAUUUCUAUAAUUUAUUAACUGGAGGUUCAAUCCAAAUAUUUCCCUAUACUGAUGAUACUUGUAUGACACUCUCAGUUGCAAGCUCUUUGGUUGAAAACAAGAAAGUUGAUCCUAAAGAUUUGGCAAAAAAAUUUGUUGCUGAAUUUUACAGUCAGCCAAAACGAGGUUAUGGUAUGAAUGUGAUAAGUGUAUUCAGUGCUUUAAAAGAAACAAAUUUUGAGGAUGUCUUUCUGCCUGGAAAAAUGCAAUUUAAUGGUUCUGGCUCUUAUGGCAAUGGAGCAGCUAUGAGAAUUGCACCAAUUGCAUUAUUUAAUCAUAGCAAAACAGAUGAAUCCCUUCAGAGUGAUGUUGAAGAAUGUUCUCGUAUAACACACAAUCAUCCCAAUGGAUAUAAUGGUGCUAUUCUUCAGUGUCUCGCUGUUAAAGCUGCUCUGAAAUCGGAUUCAUCAAAAGAGUUUGAUCCAGUUGAGUUUAUUAAUCAGUUGGAAAAGAAAAUGGAAACUAUUGAAAUGAAGGAUAAUUCACCAUACUGUGAAAGUUUGAAAAAAAUAAAAGAAAUUUAUUUGCAAGAUCAAGAGGAUAUUUCAGCUGAAGAAAUUGCUGAGUAUUUGGGCCAUGAUGUUUCUGCUCAUAAAUCAGUUCCCACAGCGAUAUAUUCUUUUUUAAGAGGAAUGAAGCCAUUUCCUGACUAUGACUGUCUGAAUCCAUUUGUACGUACCAUCUACUUUGCAAUAUCAGUUGGUGGAGAUACAGAUACUAUUGCCUCUAUGGCAGGAAGCAUUGCAGGGGCAUAUUACGGAAUAGAAGCUAUCCCAACAGAAUUGCAAGAGCGUUGUGAAUUUAAAGAUGAAGUUGAUAAUUUAGCUCAGAAACUUUAUGAUGUAGUGCAAGAAGUCACAUCGUGAUUAUUAUUAGAGAUGUAGCAGCACUUUCGUGUACACUGUUAUGAAAAUUAAUGCUCACGUCUUUUUUCGAUUAAAAAUUUUCUCAAUUGUGA